UAUCGAAGACCGAGUCCUCUCAGUGCAUCGCUCUCGGGAUUUCUGUCACUUCCUCGUUGAAAAUGUCGGGCCGUGGAAAGGGAGGCAAGGGUUUGGGGAAGGGAGGAGCCAAGAGGCACAGGAAGGUGCUUCGCGAUAACAUUCAGGGUAUUACCAAGCCUGCAAUUCGCCGAUUGGCUCGUAGAGGUGGAGUUAAGCGUAUUAGCGGUCUCAUCUAUGAGGAGACUCGCGGUGUACUGAAGAUUUUCCUUGAGAACGUUAUUCGCGAUGCGGUGACCUAUACCGAGCAUGCUAGGAGGAAGACGGUGACCGCCAUGGAUGUUGUUUACGCGCUGAAGAGGCAGGGUAGGACAUUGUACGGUUUCGGUGGUUGAUUUCAGUAUCGAAGUCGAAGGUUCUUCUUAGGGUUUUUUGUUUAGGGAUUGUGUUUGUAAAUGUUAAGUUCAAUUAGAUGUUAUUUUCAGCCUUGUAGUUCUCGCAACAUCUUGAAAUGUAUCCUUGGAUCCGGUUUUAAUGUGAUGUUUGGUAGUUUCUCCUAUAUCAAAUCAAAUCUUGUCCAUUCUUUUU